AUGGCAGGCCCCUCCUCUCCCGGCAGCGACGGGCCGACUUUCGGCCCACCCCCUCUUCCCCCAGGAUGGAUCGCGCAGUGGGACGCCUCAUCCAAGAAAUAUUACUUCGUCCAACUGUCCACCGGCGCAUCGCAAUGGGAGACGCCCACCGAAGCCGCGCCCGUCGGCGGCACACCCGCUGCGAACCACGAGCACCCCUAUGGCACGCCCGGCAGCCAACGCGGGCCUGGUGGUGCGGAGAUCAUUGUUCAUCCGGAUGGGAGUCAGACGGCGAGGUAUCCGGACGGUCGGCUCGAGCCUGUGCUUCCUCGUGAGGAUGGGUCGUCGGAGGGGACUAGGGGGAUGGGUGAGGGGGAUGGUGAGAGGGGUCUUGGGUCUUUCCUCGGUAACACCCUCAGCUCGCUCGGCGGUAAACAAGGUGGAUCACACGGCGGUGGCGGGCUCGCUGGGCAGCUGGUGAGCGGACUUUUGUCUUCUGGCCAUGGGGGUGGACAACACGGCGGUGGUGGUGGAAGCGGCGGUAUCGGCGGGAAAUUGGCCUCGCAGCUGGCUUCCAACCUGUUCUCGUCUGGGAACAAGCCGUCGCAGCCCCAAAAUUACCACGGCAACCAGUCGUCUGGCCAUAAUUCCAGCGCCAGUGGCUUGGGAGGUAUCGUCGGAGGAGUCGCCAAUAUGUUUGGCGGCAAACCCCACGGUUCGAGAAAGCCUCCACUAACCCGAGAAUCGCCACAGAACCAAAACUUCGGCUACUCCAACACCGGCCAAUCUGGCGGAUACAGCGGCCCAACCCCACCAGCCUCCUACCAAGCCCCCUCGCAACCCGGCACCACCCCGUCCUUCUACGGCAGCAGCAACGCCUCGCAGCAUCAAACCCAGCAGCACCAGCCCUCCCACAACACCAACCAGUACUCAACACCCUCCUACGGCUCCCCAGCCAGCCACCACCAGCAGCAGCAGCAACAACACCCACCCCAACCGUCCCACGCCCAGGGCUACGGCUCCCCACAGGGCGCAGCCCACUCGUACACCCACCAGGGAUCCUACAACUCCUCGCCGGCCGCCCCGGCGCCUUAUGCCCAGCACGGUGGUCAACAUGGCGGUCCACCACACGGACAGCCGCAGUAUGCGCAACCGCAGUAUGCCCAGCCGCAGUAUGCUACGCCGGGCGGACACUCGGCGUACCCGCCGCAGCCGCAGUAUGCGUCGGGCGUCGGGGGUGGGCAGAAUCAUGGGUAUGGUGGUGGUCAUCAUUACUAG